GGCAUGCGAUCUUACGCUCCCUGAGAUUCUGAGAGAUCCUGCUAAUACAAGUGAAUGAAGCAUGCUUCUUGAACUACUUUGAAUACCUCUUGCUCCAUCACAUUAAUAUUUGCUGUCGUUCCAGCGUUGUGGGAGGCAUCCGGUCCGCAUUCAUCGUGAAACUGGUCGCUAUCCUUGUUCAGCAAAACGACUGUUCAGAAAGGCUCAACUCGCGCCAUCCCUCGACGACUGAGUGCGCUACUAUAGCGCCUUUGAGUUGCUGUCCUUCUGGACUUUUACCAAGAGAAGUGCCUUACCAGGAUGCUAUCACCUUCACGGGCGAGAUCGAUAUUCACCAUUUAGCCUUCAGCUGCAAACUUUCUCUUUGGGACAAUUUCGGUGGGGAUUUGUCGCAUCGGCUCGUAUACAUGGUCCAGACCCCUUUCCAAUACUUUUGCCCUCAUUUAACACGACAUCAUUCUUUUCAGCCGUGUGCAAAGAUCUCACAUUGCAAUGGCUGGAGACGCGACCGCGCCUGCGGAGCCCAGCCAGGUCAACGGCUCAAUAGCUCUCGACCCAUCCACCACAAAUCCUUACGAGACAAAUCCAGAAUUGAUUCCGCCGACCGAUCCAUUUCUUUCUCGAAGCCCGCAAUACGGCCGCUAUGCCCCGCAUGUCGAUGACUUCAAACCCCGCUACGAUGGUUGGUACCAGGCGGAACCGGAAGCCAGUUCGUAUUGGGAGGAGAUAGUGCGAACAUCCUGCACUCCCGAAAAUUCCCUGAAUGUGCCUGGGACAAGGGAGGUAUACGCUGCUGGCAGCGUUCUAAUCAAAGUCGAUCAGGAACCUGCGGCUGGUGCGGCUGCGGAACGAUAUUCAAACGUUAAUACGAACGAGUUGAGUGCUGCUAGAAGGGCGCAGGAUGCUCUUCAACAACUCGGGGUUGCGAUACCAAUCAUAUACUUUUGUGGCACAGUUGACGGAAAGAAUGUCACCGUGGAGUCUAGAAUUCCCGGUGUGUCCUUGGAGGUUGCCUGGAAGUAUCUCACGAUUGAACAAAUUGGCGCUUUUAAACAACAAUGCCGUCGCAUUAUUCAGCGCCUUGCAAUCGUCGAGCCUGCACCGGAUUCUGCGUCGUAUGUCUGCGGCGAACUCAACGCUCAAUCACCUUCAGGCGUCGAGGACUCCGAAAGGGACAUAUUGUUUCAAGAUAGAAAGGGGACGGAGCAGCUCUACCUGGUUCACAACGAUAUGAUCCGGUCGAAUAUCGUGGUCAAGGAUGGCCGGAUCGUUGGCAUUCUCGGCUGGCGACAAUGUGGGUUCUUUGGCUUUGAGAGAGCAAAGCAGAUACAUCGUCAGUUUCGGAUACCGGAGCGUUCCGUCAUUGACAAUGGCGGGGUCAGCGUAACACAGGUCUGGGCCGACCUCUAUGACGAUAUUCCAGACGUUGGUGGGACGAACGGACUCCCAGAUCAUCAUACUACAGCUGCACCUGAGGUGAAAAUUGAGCCUCUGCAGCCGUCGUUGGACAAGUAUCCCCCAAGCAACGAAACCGAGAUCCUGCCCGCUCUGGCACAACUUGACGGCACCCUUUUGCCCGAAGAACAUCCGACGCCGAGGAAAAUCGCUGAUCUGAAGAGCGAGUUGGCCUCAAGAGCAUCAUCGACAGAUCGGUCAUCGCCGUCUGGUUCCACCAAGGCAGCCGGGAGAAGAAAGUCGGGCCCCGGUGCAUCGAAGAAAGGGACAGCCAAGAAACAAGCGACAAAGAAACGCAAAAUAGACGAACUUGCGAGCGAAGAUGCGGAGAGCCGUCGCUCCAACACCCCUUCUUCGACACGCGCCAGCAAGACGCCCGGAAUCAAGAAGCAGGGAUCCGUAUCUGUCGCCGGCUCUCCGGCUCCCGAGGGCAAGAAAAGGAAGAAGAAUGCCAAGAAGGCGAAAGUAGAGAAACAGGAGGAGGAGGAAGAACCAGAAGAAGAUUCAUCGGAGGAUGACGGGAUUUUCUGCAUCUGUCGCAAGGGUGAUGAUCAUACGUGGAUGAUUGCAUGCGACGGGGGAUGCGAUGAUUGGUUUCAUGGAAAAUGCAUCAACAUUGAUCCCAAGGAUGCGGACUUGAUAGACAAAUACAUCUGCCCGAAUUGCAAGGCGGAGGGCAAAGGAUGGACGACGUGGAAACCGAUGUGUCGACUAAGGGGUUGUCGCAAACCCGCUCGCGUGACAGGAAAGAACCCCAGUAAGUAUUGCUCUGACGAGCACGGCCGGGAGUUCAUGCAAUGGGAGGAGCUUGGUAGCAGAGGAGGUGUUCUUACAACUGGUGAUCUCCACGCAGUCGUCAUGGCCGUCUCCUCUGCGGAGGAGUUUCGUAAACUUGGAGAGCGCAUUAUUUCGCCGCCGCCAGACGAGGAGGACCCUGUGACAGGAGCAAGGUCGAGCAAGAAGCUGGGCUUGGACGUGGAUCCCGAGGGCCUGACCUAUUCUCACGACGAGGCAUCUAAACUUGAGCAAUUGCGCAAACAAAGAGAUGAACUUCUUCACCGGCGCGACAUGCUCAGCACGCGUUCCACGUUCGUGGCACUCAUCCGUCAGCGAUCAAAGAGCAUUGUCGAGAAGCUGAAGCAAACAGAUCCAAAGGGUGGAUGGAAGGAUAUCUGUGGAUUCGAUACACGCCUCGCGUGGUCAGACGAGGAAUUCGAUGAUUGGAGGCUGUCCAAGCUCGGAGCCAAAGCACUCGAGGAGGGCACCCCAGAAGCACUUGCUUCCAGCUAUCCGGACGCUGCUGAUGCCGAUGGGGACACGGCCAUGAAUGGCACCAAGACGGAGGACGAGGACGAGGACGAGUUGGCCAAGUUGUCCCGUGGAGUGUGUACGAAGAAGCGUUGCGAGAGACACAAGCAAUGGGUCAAGGUUCACCAGUCCGAACUUCUCUUCGAGGAGAACAAGCUGAAGGAGGACCUUGCCACAUGCGAGAAAGAAGCCCAGAAUGUCGUCGAAAGGGCCGUCCUUCGAAUGUGGGCUGAAAAGGAAAAUGCUCAGAAUGGCGGCGAGUGAGUUUGUUUCUCGCCGCACCCUGUUUGAAGACAGGUUACAGAAUUCGCAUACCCGCUACGAGUAAGUCGCUUGGUGGUUGAUUGAUACCCCUUUUGCGCAAGAAGCUGGGACGGAAUAUGGAGUUGGUCCGUUUUCUAGGAAUCCAGGGCUGCAAGUGGCCUAAAGGAGAAUCCUGCAUAUCGUUGGCGUAUGGAUGGUACAUCAUGAUUUCAGGCCGGGAAAAGUGUAUGACCUAAGGUAUACUUGAUAGAUAUUGUACGAUAGAGCGGA